AUGCUGGCGCUUGCUUAUAUGCAUUCAAAAGGCUAUGCUCAUGGUGACAUUCACCUCCAGAAUAUUCUGGUGAAGCUCCCGUCAGGAUUUGAUGAGCUUUCAAUUGAGCAGUUAUAUGAGAAAUACGGCAGGCCAGAGAAGGUCAGCAUUACCCGGCGGGACAGGGAACCACUUCCACCCAAUGUCCCACCAAAAGCAGUAUUGUCACUCUAUCUUGGCAAGAUAGCAAACAAAUUUAAUCUGGCUGAUGUACAAGUCCUCCUUGGUGACUUUGGAGAGGCAUUUGCUCCAGCAUUGAGUUCUCGUGCUGCAAAAGACUGCAACAUCCCACUAGCUUACCAGCCACCAGAGGUACAAUUUGAGCCUCAGACCCAGCUCACAUUUUCUGCAGACAUCUGGAGUCUAGCCACAGCAAUAUGGGAGAUUAUUGGCAUGAAAGCCAUUUUCAGCACUGACUGGGUAACAGAGGAUGAAAUGAUUGCUCAGCAUGUUGAUGAGCUGGGGCCAAUGCCGAGGAACUGGUGGAAUCGCUGGGAGAAACGGGCCCAGUUUUUUGAUGAGAAGGGAUGUCCGAUACCUGGUCGCCAAGUGUGGCCUCCAAUUGAUCAAGCAUUUGAGGAAUGGGUCCAGAAAUAUCGUCGGGAUGAUGGAAUGGGGGAGUUUGGCAAGGAGGAAACUGCCGCUCUUUUAGCCCUCAUGCGAGGCAUGCUUGCCUACCGGCUGGAGGAUCGACCAACUGUGGACCAGGUCCUGGAAUCAGAGUGGAUGGUUAGGUGGGUGAUGCCUGAUUUCGAGCGGAGUUUACAAGCACGGGAGUAG